AAAAGAUGAAAUGAAUAAUAUGAAAAGAUACUUGUCAGUUUCUUUUAUUUAUUAUAUUGGAUAGUAUUUUUAAAAUUCAAUGCCACUACUUUGAAUUUGAAUGAUGUUAGUGUAUUAUUAAACGUAGUCUACGAAUGGAAAAUAACGAAUGAUUUCGUAGUUACUUAUGCAUUAUUCCUCUCUCUCUCUCUCUCUCUUUCUCUCUCUCUCUCUCUCUCUCUAUCUAUCUAUCUAUCUAUCUAUCUAUAUAGUUUUUUUUCUCUCCUUCUUUUAAUGAUCAUGAUAAAAUAACUAAUUAAAGUCUAUAUUAGGUUUUUAUAAUUGGCGUUGAGAGAGAGAGAGAGAGAGAGAGAGAAAAUAUUAUAAACAAUCAUGAAUAAAAAUAGUUAUAUAUAUAAAAGGUGGACUUAAGAUAUAAUUUUGUGUCGACUAUAAUAUCUUGUUUUUAUGAUUUGUAUGUUAAAUAUAUUAAUAACAUAUGUCCUUGAAUACUAAAGAGCUGUAUCUUUAUGGUGGGGUAAACUAUGAAUUAGUGGGGAGUUCUAUUAUCGUUAAUGAUCAUAUUUUAUUCACUUCUUUAGUUCUUUUUAAACUGUGAGAGAGGAAAUACUUGCUGUAAUACUAUUCUUCACUAAAUGAUAUUAUUAUUAAAGCAGUGACUAUCAUUCUUUUUUUCAUUCUUUAUUGUUGUUUUUUUUUUUGUUGAGAAUCAUAUUUUUUUGUUUCUUGAAAUUUAAAAUGGAUUUAUUAAAUACAUUAUUUUAUUUUAUAGAAUUCGUUGAUCCACGAUUAAAAAACUGGAUAUUAUUUAAUUCGCCGUAUCCAGUUAUUUUUAUUCUAUUUUUAUAUCUUUAUUUUGUUCUCGUCUAUGGCCCGCAAUUCAUGAAGAACAGAAAGCCAUAUACAUUGCGAACGUUCAUAAAAUGUUAUAAUAUAUUUCAAAUAAUGGCAAACAGUUUGAUCAUAUAUAAAUUAUUAAAAAGUGGUUUCAUAUUAAACAUAUUAUCGAGUAAUUGCGAACCUAUUUCUUACAAGGCAGACUCUAUUGAUACAGAGUUAUUAGAAGGCUGCUGGUGGGUCCUGUUAACAAAAAUAAUCGAUCUAAUUGAAACAGGAAUAUUUGUAUUACGAAAGAAAAAUCGUCAGAUUUCAUUCUUGCAUUUGUACCAUCAUACCUCAACGUUGAUGAUCUCUUGGUUGUUUGGAAAACACUAUAUCGAUAAAAGAACUGUUUUUAUACCUUUCAUGAAUUGUAGCAUUCAUGUAGUGAUGUACAGUUAUUAUUUUUGUACUACGUUCGGACCAAAUGUCCGAAAAAUAAUCAAUCGAUAUAAAUUCGUACUUACCAUCAUUCAAAUGGUACAAUUCAUAAUAUUGAUAUGUUUCAUCUGGGGAAAAGGCAUAAAAAACUGUGAAUUUGCUGUUAUUCCUAGUUACGUGAUGAUUAUCAAUCUAUUAAUUAAUUUAAUUUUGUUUUAUAAUUUCUAUGAGAAAAAUUAUUCUAUUAAUAAUACGAAGAAAUAUUAAUAUUAAUAUAAAGUG